GGGAGGCAGGAUCGGGAGGAGGGGGGCGAGGGAAGGGGGCAACGAUUAAAUUUGAAAUGGGGAGAGAGGGCUCAUACAACACAUGAAGAUAUUCUCUAAAAUGAUCUCUAGCAUUACAAUAGGAGUCUUAGGAAUACAAGGAUCUAUUCAAGAACAUAUAGAUUUACUUCAAAUAGCAAUUUCAAGGAUGUCACUAAGGACGGGUAUAAAAACCAGAACAGUGGGAAAAGCUGAUGAUCUCCAUGGCGUUGAUGGUCUUAUCAUACCAGGAAGACGAUGUUCGAACUCAAGACCAAUGAACAUAAAACAAGGCAAGUGCGCAGUGAAAUCAGACCAGUUUCAAUGAAAAAGUGGAGAAUCAACUACCCUGAAGAAAUUUCUGAAUGAGGAUUUUCUAAAUACUCUUCAAGACUGGAGGGAAGGGGGGAGAACAGGUCAGUGGAUAUGAUCUAGAAGUAUACGGAAAAAAGCACCUAGGUGCAAUGUUUGUUUGAAUUACUGCGGUUUGAACUAUUGUUCAUAUUAACUAAUGUUCA